AUGGAAUCUUUCGCCAAAAUCUCGCCAUCGUCCUCUUCGUCAACUACCAGCUUACCGUUCUUGGUCUUGAACUCAUUUUGCAACGACUUCUUGGUGAACUUCUUAGGUUUGGAUGACGAAAUGUGGGUCAAGGUAUCCUUAUCAAGGAGAUCCAAUGGAGUGUCUCUAGGCGGUCAUCAAGUUGGUAAGCAGACCCUUCAUGUUCUGGGUGACCAUUUCUUCAGGCAGACUCAAAAUUGCAACCUUGACGAAACCCAACGUGGAUUUGAUGAUCUCUCUGUUUCUGGAGGUAAGAAACAAUUCCACAGUCUGGUAAAGAUCGGUCAACAGUUGGAUAUCCAUCUUGGUGUGGAAUUCGUAAACCAGACAAGAGAGAGAAGUGAUGGCAGCACUAAUCAUGUUGGAGGUGGCACCAGCAAGACCGGCAGAACAAAUGGUGAAGAAUUCUUGCAACGAUGCAACAGAAUCUGGCAUUUCUGGGUCAUUCAGACUGUUUCUCACUGGAGCUCCCUCGUUCUCCAGCAUUUUGGUAGCCAUAACAAUUAA